CGACCGAGGCGGGCCAACCUGCGGGUCGAGGGACGUGGCCACCGCAGGCCCCGCCCCCGCCCCGUGGCGGGUUCUUCCCUCCUGCUCCGGGUCUGGACUGUAGACAUGGGCACUGCCUGGAGGAGCCCGGGACGCGUGCGGUUUGCGCUCUGCCUCGCUGGCUUAGCGCUCUCACUGUACGCGCUGCACGUGAAGGCGGCGCGUGCCCGCGACGAGGAUUACCGCGCGUUCUGCGACGUGGGCACGGCCAUCAGCUGUUCACGCGUCUUCUCCUCUCGGUGGGGCCAGGGCUUUGGGCUGGUGGAACAGGUGCUAGGAACUGACAGCGUCCUCAACCAAUCCAACAGCAUAUUUGGUUGCAUGUUCUACACCAUACAGCUGUUGUUAGGUUGCUUGAGGGGACGUUGGGCCUCUGUCCUGCUAGUCCUGAGUUCCCUGCUGUCCUUGGCUGGCUCUGUCUACCUGGCCUGGAUUCUCUUCUUUGUGCUCUAUGACUUCUGUAUCGUCUGCAUCACCACUUAUGCCAUCAAUGUGGGCUUGUUGUUGCUGAACUUCCGGGAAGUGCCAGAACACAAGGCCAAAAGGCACUGAGGUCCCACCUCAUGCCAGGCUAACGUAACCUGCUUUGCCUUGGCACAUGAGCCUUGCCCAAGAGGGUCAUGUGUGGGUCCCUAGAAGGCCCUACUCUUCAUUCCAGUCCUCUCCAUAACCAUGCCCAGGACAAUGACCACGUGUGCCUCUAAGUUCUGUCCCCAAGAGCUGCUUUCUGCUCUUGGCUAAAGAGAAUGGUUUUGAACAAUAAAUUUUCCUGAGUUGGUCAA